AAAAAAAAGAUAAUAUAAUGGCCUCCGUGGAUUUGAUCUCCGGCUUGUACGGGGUUCUCCUAGCGUUUGGAAUCAUGCUGCUUGCCGUUCUCCUCCUCCCUCUCGUCGUCUACCUGAUCAGCCGAAAGCCUUAUCCCACUCUCAAAACAUUGAGCAGCACUAAAACCCUCGGCGGUGUUCUCGUCACUGGAGCUUCUACAGGUAUUGGCCGACACGCUGCAUUUUAUUUGGCUAGACAAGGCUUUUUAGUCUUCGCAGGGGUGCGGAAACCUGCAGAUGGCGAAGCACUCUUGAAAGCUUACCUAGAUGAAGAAAGCAAACAAACAAGUAAAAGCCGCAGCCGGGGCAAGGUAUCCCCGGCAAAACAAGGCGUCUUACACUACCUCAUCUUAGACAUCACCAAACCUUUUCAAAUCGCCGCUGCCGUGCGGAGUGUUCAGGAGGAAUUAAGUCGGAGGGGCGGCCUCCCUUUCUUGGGCCUCGUGAAUAAUGCUGGCGUCACAGGCGGGGCCGAUCCCGUCGAAUUUCUUCCGCUAGAGCACAAUCGAAAUACCUUUGAGGUCAAUUUUUACGGACCCUUAGCGGUCACUCAAGCUUUUUUGCCCCUGCUUCGCCAAGCUCCACAAGGCAGGAUCAUCAACGUCAGUAGCAUGGCUGGCAUUGUCACUCGACCCCUAGGAGCUACGUAUUCCUGCACAAAAUUCGCCUUAGAGGCUUUAAGUGAUACACUUAGGGUAGAGCUAGGACAUUUGGGGGUGUCUGUAUCUGUCAUUCAGCCUGGGUAUAUCCGCAGUGAAAUCUUCGGGAAAGCGGACGAACAGCACCAACAUCGCAUGCAAGAGCUCCCAGAGGAAUGCAGCGCCCUCUAUGGACAUUUGUACACGGUCGAUAAAACGAAUGCGCUUAUUGCUAAAGCUUCCGACCCCAUUGUCUGCUCUCGCGCGAUUCACCACGCGUUGACAAGUCCUUACCCAAAGACCAGAUAUUUGGUAGGAAAUGUGAACGGCACGCCUGCUUACUGGCUAGGAUGGGGCAUUUGGCUUCUAAACGAUCGGUUGAUGGACCGCAUGAUUACGCCGCCAUUCAAGAAAGGGGCCCUUUGAAGACUCAAUCAGAGGCAGGAGGACGAGGGAGCGAGAAAGUGAAACGAGGCAUGUGGAGGACUGUCAGCC